AUGCUGUCCUAUUACGGGCUUACUAGAGAUGAUCGUUCUUGUGACAGGCUCAUUGUCACUAAAGCCCUGAGUGUCAAGUUGCAGGGCCGUUAUGUUGACAUAGUGAAGGCAUACCAGGAAAUAAGGUUUGUCACUUCCACACUUCACAGUGCCAGGGUGAAUGUCACUACAAUCCAUUCACGAGUCUAUCAAAAGGCUUUGGAAGUAGCCGGUAAGGUUAAUGUAGAAGAGAGCUUGCCAAGAACGACUGGACGUCAACAGCACCGCGGCAAUGUGCCUGCAUCUUCUGCAUCCGAUUACUACCGGAAACAGCUGACCAUCCCAAUGCUGGACCAUCUCAUCAAUGAAAUGGGUUACCGGUUUAGCGAAAGUUCUUCAGCUGUUGUUUCUCAAAUCACGCGUCUUUUGCCACCAUCCUUGGCAGUGAGUGACAACAUCUUGUCUUCAGCAGAUAUUCCCGACUUGGUCAAGAUGUAUGGCGAUGAUUUACCAGCCGCAGCUGCUCUGGAUACGGAGCUUCACAGCUGGACAGUGAAAUGGAGCGGGUCGGUACAGUUUGCAGCAGAUAAAGAUACACCCUCGAAGGUUCUCAACCAAAUCGACAAGGACUUCUUUCCAAAUGUUGGGCAGCUGUUAAAGAUAGCAUGCACACUCUCGGUAACAAGUGCGGAGUGCGAACGUUCCAUUAGCCGUCUGCGGUUUUUGAAAACUUGCAUGCGUAGCGGCAUGGGAGAGUCACGCUUGAAUGGCCUAACGCUGCUCCAUGUUCACCGGGAUAUCCCGUGUGAUGCUGAAGCCGUCGUGGAAGAAUUUGCAAAGCGAAACCCACGGCGGCUUCAGCUGUCCGAGUUUUGUUAGCAAUGGUUUGUUUGUUAAAUAGUUAUGUGAGAGAUCUGCCUUGAA